CCCUGACCCUCCCCUUCCCCGACCUCCUGGGGACGCCCCCUCCCCCCAGACCUCCCUCCUCCCAGUCUCCCCAGUGCCUCGGGCAGGGGUUAAACCCAGACUCUCUUCUGAGAAUUGAUGUCCAUUUCCAUCAUUUCUUUAAUUUGGUUGACACUUUGGAUAAACAUGGCACAGCUCCAGCAGGGAGGUCCAGAUGAAAAAGAAAAAACUACAGCACUGAAAGAUUUAUUAUCUAGAAUAGACUUGGAUGAACUGAUGAAAAAAGAUGAACCACCUCUUGAAUUUCCUGAUACUCUUGAAGGAUUUGAAUAUGCUUUUAAUGAAAAGGGACAAUUGAGACACAUUGCAACAGGGGAACCAUUUGUCUUUAAUGCCCGUGAAGAUUUGCAUCGAUGGAACCAAAAGCGCUAUGAGGCUCUUGGCGAGAUCAUUACUAAAUAUGUGUAUGAGCUCUUGGAAAAGGAUUGCAAUUUGAAAAAAGUCUCACUUCCAGUAGAUGCUACUGAGAGUGAACCAAAGAAUUUUAUCUUUAUGAGUGAGGAUGCAAUGACUAAUCCAGACAAACUGAUGAUUUUAAUUCAUGGUAGUGGUGUUGUCAGGGCAGGUCAAUGGGCUAGAAGGCUUAUUAUAAAUGAAGAUCUGGACAGUGGCACACAGAUACCUUAUAUUAAGAGAGCUAUGGAUGAAGGAUAUGGAGUAAUAGUACUCAAUCCCAAUGAAAACUAUAUUGAAGUGGAAAAGACCAAAUCACAAGUGCAUUUAUCUUCUGAUGGUUCAGAUGAGCCAGCAGAAAAACGUGAAAGAAAAGAUAAAAUCUUCAAAGAAGCAAAGAAGCGGCGUGAUUUUUAUGAAAAGUAUCGUAACCCUCAGAAAGAAAAAGAGAUGGUGCCAUUAUAUAUCAGAGACAAUGGCUCUCCUGAAGAACAUUUAAUCUAUGUAUGGGAUCACUUCAUAACUCAUUCUGCAGCUGAGAACACAUUUUUUGUUGCUCAUAGCUAUGGGGGACUUGCCUUUGUUGAGCUGAUGAUUCAACGAGAAGCAGAUGUAAGAAAUAAGGUAACUGCUGUGGCGUUGACAGACUCUGUUCACAAUGUGUGGCAUCAAGAAGCUGGCAAAACUAUUCGGGAAUGGAUGAGAGAGAACUGUUGUAAUUGGGUGUCUAGUUCAGAACCAUUAGAUACAUCAGUGGAGUCCAUGUUGCCUGACUGCCCUCGAGUCUCUGCAGGUACUGAACGUCACGAGCUUACUUCGUGGAAGAGUCUCCCAUCUAUUUUCAAAUUCUUUACUGAAGCUUCAGAAGCAAAGAACAGUUCACCCAAAGCAGCUCUAACUCGGCGCUCCCACAGGAUAAAACACGAAGAGAUUUAAGAAGAGAGAGAAAGGACACACAACCACAUACAUCCGUGCAUACAACCACGUACACCCGCAAAUACACCCGCGAGCUCACACAAGCGUCCCUUAACUGCUUAUUUUCGGCAAGCAGACUCCCAGCCCCUCAUUAGAUUGUUUUCUUCCCAGAGCACAGGGUCGUGAUGUAUACAUCUAAAUAGCGUUUUGCAUUAUUUCUAGAUGAGUGCAACUGUCAAAGCAAUAUGGGUUCACUGGUUGUGCUUCCUGUGGGCUGUAGCUUGGAUUUCGUGCUGCCCAUCAGUGCGCAGAUUAAGGCUGACAGCGGUACUGCACAGUGCAGCAUGGUGCAGCUCUAAUUGCCCUGACAUAGCCCUGCACUGAAAUGAUGGCAGAACUUAACAGUUUCUUCGUGGUCCUAUUGCCUGCAGUAUUUUCUGCUGCUUUGGAAAAAAAACAUAUACACAUAUACAUAUAUAUACAUACACACAAUAUACAUAUAUAUGUAUUAUGUAUGUAUGUAUACAUACGUACAUAAUGUGUAUGUGUAUACAUCUAUAAAACAUUUCACUUUUUUUUCCUUUUGGACAGCAAACUUUUAUAAACUUAAAAUUUGAGGUAGAUUUUUCUUCAUAUAUAAUUACUUUAAAUAUCUCUGACAUGGUGUUAUUUGUUUUACUUUGGGGAUGAAUCCUAAACUUUAAGUUAAUAGCACAAAUGCUUUAUAGUUAUAUAGAUUUGUAAGUGUAAACUAGACCCUCUAAACACAUAAAAUCUGUUUUUCUUUAAGAGACUAGAGAAAACUGGCUGAAGAUCUAUCGAUUUCUAAACCCACUUUAUUCUAUUAGAACACCUAUGGACUUGAAAAUAAAUAAAAUUUUUAUCAAGUCUGGAUAGUGAAGUAAGGAAAAGACAAAGUUUGAAAUGUAAAUCAAAUGAAUAAUUCUUGGAAUGUGUAUGUGUGUAUAGACACAUAUAUGUUUAUAUGUAUGUGUACAUAUGCAUUUUUUGUUUCCCAUUUUAUCAUGUUUAGAUAUAAUUUUUUAGAUAUAAUAGGUUUAAUCAAAUUCUAAUUUAGGUUAUGCACUGGAGUUUCACUUUUUAAACUUCAUCUUGUUGGAAGUUUUUAAUCCUAAAAGAAAUAGUUUGUUUUGAACAAAUUUCAUGGAACAGAUGCAUCUGACUUUUUUGAGACAGGAUUUUUGAAUGGCAUCAAAAAGAUUAAUCUGUGCACCCAAUUCUUUUCCUUUUAUAGGACUAUAUUAGGCUAGCACUAUUCUUUUAGUCUAUUUAGGAUUAAAGAAUAGGGCUCUGACUGAAAAGUGAAGAGUUAGAAUGAAAGAUUUUCUCUUCUUGAUCCAAUAGUAUCUUUAGAUAUGCACUUGCUUUUUGAGGAUCUUCUCUAAAAUUUCAAUUGCUCUGUAAUCAGAUCCAGAUGAGAUCUUUACAACACUGUGACAUACCAGAACUAAAAUAAAUCAAGAUUUUUCUGAUAAUUUUGAUUGAAAUAUUUUAUUAUAGCAUGUUGAGUUUAUAAUUGCUGUAAAAAAAGUCCAUUAUCUAAGUGAAAGUUCCACUUAUACUCUUAAUGAAGAUAGUUUUGUCAUUAAAAUAUUACUACAGUAGAAAUUUCUGUCUUAUUUGAUGACAUAAUGAAGCACACCUCAAAUGUCAUAAGACCUAGCUGGGUAAAAAAAAAAAAAAAAUCAAUUGGAAUCAUACAUUAUGUGCUCAUAUCAGCAAAUUUUGAAACUGCUAAUGUCUGAUACCGUGUCUGGAAUGCACAUACACUAAUUAAUUCUUACUGUUUUGAUGAUGGCAAAUUAAAGUGAUCUUUUCUUCAGUGGUCCUGUCUGCAUAUCCUCUGAUGUUAUUAGAGCAAAGACAAAACGGAGGAAAAUCAAAAUGAUGUUUUAUCCAACUGCUGUGUAGCUUCAAAACACACUGCCCAACAGUGUCCAACACGUUGGUCUGUGAUGUUGACCCUUUUUAUCUGAUAAUUCCCAGUUUUUAGAGCUAGUGGAAGAACUCCGGAAAAUGGUGGCAUCCUUCAGUGAGAUGAUUUAAACAAUUAAUAUAAACUGAAUAUAUUUUUUAUAAUGUUUUGUUCUGUGCUACUUUUUCAACAUAUGAAAAUAUUCACAAAAACGUGAUUUGUAUCUUUUUUUUUUCUUAAAUAAAACUUGUAGGAUGCUAAAUUCUGAAAGUUCUUGGCAACCAAAUUAGGGAAUAGUACCAGUACUAUCCUCCUAAUCACUCUUGUCCUGCUCUUCUUCAUUCUCACCUUCCUUUUGAGUUGUAACUGGAGCCAAUCACUGCAUAAUUGCCUUGAAGGUUGUAAAACCUUGGGGUAUGUUGGAGUUUUUUAAUAUCCAUGGAGAGCUAUUUGAAAACUUUUGUUUCCUUAAGUAGGUCUGGGAUUGAGACUUGAAGAGGAAAUGAAGCAUCUGAAUAGACUAAACUUCCUAACUUGUUGAUUAUAAGUUUGUGAUGUAAAUGUGAUAAUAAUGUUCACCUUUUUUUAAUGCCAAUCUAUGAUCCAGUUAUUCCCUCCUGCCUGGGUCAAAUACAUGUUUCAACUUUUAUAUCUUCCCUUCUUUGGAUUUUGUUAAUUGAAUGUUUAAGUGGGAAAGGAUUUAAACUUAAAAUGUGGUCUUUAUAUCAUUAGUUAUAUACUCAGUUCAAAAACUAACAUUAUGAAAAAAUAGGAACUGUUAGAUCCUAUGUGUUGAAACUAAGAAAACAUAUAAUGUUUUUGAGAUUCUCUCAGCGUGUCUGACUCUGAAAUUCAGUACAUCUUUACAAUUUUUAGUGGAAAUACAAAUAUGCCUUUAAUUGUGUUUACUACCCUUUUCUCAUUUUUCUCAUGCUCUGAUCUCUGCUGACGUAUUGCUUAUACAAAGAGCUGUAAAGCAAGGGCAUUGCCUAUGAAUUAUAUAAAUCUGCUAAUGUUUUCAAAAUAAAGGGGUUCCCUUUCCAUGUUCA